AUGUCUGAUCAUCACCACGACCAUAGUGGCGGUUGCCACAGCGAAGACCAUGAUCACUCCAACGACAUCACCCCCGCCAUCCAGUCCCUACUCUACUCCCAGAUUGAUUUUGGGAGGAUUAUCACCUUAAAUGAAACUACUCCCAAGGCCGGUGCGGCUAUUGUGCAAAAGACCUGGGCGGAGCGACUGAACGAUGAACCCGAGCUCGAAAGCGAUGCGGACGAGCAAUUACUCAUGACCAUUCCCGGACAAGCAAACAUCCACUCCGUGCUCCUCUACACCGCCCCCACGAUCUCCGCCCCAAAGACCGUAAAGCUAUUCAAGAAUCGCGACGACUUGGACUUCUCCACGGCAUCAGAACUACACCCCACACAGACGCUCGAGAUCCCACAGCCGGUACCUGGCGCAGACGUUUUCGAACUCCCGCUCAACCGUGCGCAUUGGAACGCCACUACCUCGAUCACGUUGUUCUUCGAGGAUAACUGGAGUGAUGGCGAGGAAGAUGUCACCAAGGUUGGGUAUGUGGGGUUCAAGGGGCAGUUUAUGAAGUUGACGCGCGAGCCGAUCAACUUCCUCUAUGAGGCUGCAGCGAACCCACAAGACCAUGUUGCUGUUCCGGGUGUUGGAGGAAUCGGGAGCGUCUUGCCUGGGCAGUAG